GACACACAGAGCAGUAUGUCAUUGGCAUCCUGGUUCAGGUGGAACGAGCCCCCAAACCGCAUUUCCCAGAGGAACCCCACGGAGAUGGUGGUGGAAACGCUGAUGAUGGAGCUGAGCUGGCAGAUGAAGCAGGCAGAGAAGCAGCAGCGAGAGCGGGAGAACGAAUACCGCAAGAUCAAGACGGGGGUGGACUAUGGCUGGCUGGUCAGCUACCCAAAGCAGAGCUAUGACAUCAGCCCCGGGGAGCGGCUGCAGCUGGAGGACAUGUGCACCAAAAUACAUCCUUCCUACUGUGGGCCCGUCAUACUCAGGUUCAGGCAAGUCGUUGCGGAGUACGAACCAGAAGCGCAGGAAGUAUCCCGGCUCUUCCGCUCCGUCCUGCAGGAAGCUGCUGAGAAGAUCAAAGAGGAGGAAGAGGCCAAGAAGCUUGCAAGGCAAUGGAACACAAAGAACAGAACCAGCCUCUCCUUAACAACAUUUAAAUCUCGGUCCAGGAUUUCCCCAUUCAUCAGUGACAUCAAGACCAUCUCGGAGGAUGUGGAACGGGGCACCCAGCCCAACAGGAGGGUUUGGAGCAUGCCAGAAUUUCGGAACACCAAGGAUUUCUGA